AUGCCCAACAACAACGGCGCCAGCGUAACUCUAAGGCCAGACAGUUUGAGGGGUAUGGAAACGCCAUGUGGAUCAGAUGCUGACACGCCCGGACACAGAGCCACAGCAAACUGCAGUGAACUGUCCUGUGCACUUCUUACUACAACCCAUGCCAGCACUGCCCAGGAGGAAGAGAAUCUGUCCUUAAAAGGACAGGCUGUACAGUCAUCCACAUUUUAUAAAUGGGUCGCAGCACAUGCCAUUGACACUUCAAAUUCCUCCUGCACCCAUACUAACACAUCUGAUAACCCUUGGUGGAGAGUGGAUCUUCUGGAUUCUUACUUCAUCUCUACAAUUGUCAUCACUAACAGACCAGACUGCUGUGAGAAACGACUCGACGGAGCAGAAAUUCGUAUUGGAAACUCUUUGGUGAACAAUGGCAACGACAAUCCCAGAUGUGCUGUGCUGUAUGGUGUGGGAUUGGGUCAGUCCGUAUCUGUGUCCUGUGAUAACAUGGAGGGACGAUAUGUGAACGUCAUUGUACCUGGAAGAUCGAUGGUUCUCACUCUGUGUGAUGUGCAGGUGUAUAAACAAGUUUAUAAAGCAGUUAUAAGGAUGAAAUUUACCUCCAUUUUCAAUCUGUCAGAUCCAGCAGAGAGCAACAAAGUUCUUACCCAGAUUAAGACCGCUCUGACUUCUAAAGGACUCUCAGAUUUCACAUUGACCUGGACAAAACUCCCGGUCGGACUGAAGACAAAACUGGUUAAUGAUGGUCGAUGUUUUAAAGGUCCAUUCAGGGUGUAUUAGGGGCAUUUAGCGGUGAGACUGUGAAUUGCAACCAAUGGCUCAUUCUGUUCUUUUCAAAACACAUAGUAAAGCUAUAGUAGCCGAAAGGACAAACACAUCAUCGCCUGAGACAACAUAGUGACAAAACGCACUCUAUUAAGCAGUUUGUCUGUUUAGGGCUACUGUAGAACCAUGAUGGGACUUUCAUGUAAGGAGACUUCCAUGUAUAAGUGUAUGUAAGGUUCAUAAUAAAAUAAUACCGUUCAUUAUGUAAGGUCUUCAUACACCUCUGAUAAUAUAGUUAUGUAGAUUAUUUUGCAUUUAUGUCUUUUUUAAGUGAUCAAUGUUGUUUUUUUCUUUCCAUAAUAAAAAAAAAUAAUAGUAGUUAGCGCAUGUUUAUAGGUUUGUAACUAAAGUGAUAAUGAAUUAUGAUCCCUAUACCUGGCCAACAGUAACACCGGUGCCUUGCUCAGGUCCAUAAGCCGGCGUCAUUGCUGUAGAGCUAUUGAGGUCAAGAGAGAAAUAAAUAUAUGAGAAAUAA